UUCCGUUCUUCCUGUUUAUGUAUUCCUUCCUCCUCUCCUUUCCUCCAUAAAAAGCUCUGCUUUUCCGUCAAGCGGCGACGACGCGAGAAAUUCGAACAAAUUCCGGAAGGAUUCCAUUCGCCGAUGCUAUCUUCCUGACCACGCGCGCGGGAAUCGGGUUCGCUGAUCGACUGAGGCCGGGGAUCGUCUGAUUCGGGAUCGAGUUCCAUCUACAAAGGUCAGGGCUGCGUCUGCGAGGUGGUUGCGACUGGAGGAGCCGGGAGGCCAUGGGGGCGGGCGUCUCAGGCCUUUUCUUUGGGACUGGCGGCGACGCGACGGCGUCGGGCGCCACCGGCAUGGGCGACCUGCCGGAGCUCUGCGCCGCCGAGGUGCUGCUCCGCCUCGACGCGCCGGAGAUCUGCGCGCUCGCGCGCCUCAACCGCGCCUUCCGCGGCGCGGCCGGGGCCGACUUCGUGUGGGAGGCCAAGCUGCCCGAGAACUACCGCCACCUGAUCGGCUACGUCGAGGGCGGCGGCGAGGAGGGCCGGAGGCGAAGGCGGAGGGCCGGGAAGAAGGAGAUCUACGCUAGGCUCUCCAGGCCCGUGACCUUCGAUGACGGCACAAAGGAGUUCUGGCUGGAGAAGAGCAAAGGUAGGGUUUGCAUGGCGCUAUCCUCCAAAGCUCUGGUGAUAACUGGCAUCGACGACAGAAGAUAUUGGACACAUAUGCCGACCACGGAAUCAAGGUUCCAAUCCGUGGCAUACCUUCAGCAAAUCUGGUGGUUUGAAGUGGUUGGGGAGCUCGAUUUCAGUUUCCCCGUGGGAACCUACAGUCUAUACUUCAGGAUUCAUCUCGGGAAGUUCUCCAAGCGGUUUGGACGCCGUGUUUGUAGCUCCGAGCACAUCCAUGGCUGGGACAAGAAGCCGGUGCGCUUCCAGCUUUCCACCUCCGAUGGUCAGAAUGCAUUAUCUCAAUGCUACCUGGACGAGCCUGGGAGCUGGGUUCUGUACCAUGCAGGCGAUUUUGUGGCCUCGAAGCCUGGUGAAGCACUGAAGCUGAAGUUCUCGAUGGCGCAGAUCGACUGCACGCACACGAAGGGCGGUCUGUGCAUCGACUCGGUGCUUGUAUACCCUAAGGGCUUUCGACCCGAGAAGGUGGUAACUGGCAGGGUCUCGGAGAUGAGAUCAUAGAGGUGUAGUUGUGUUGGUUACACUAGAGUUGUAGACAGACGCAGCUUGGAGCCCAAUCCUAUUAUCAAUUUGGGCUCCAGCAUGCAAACCAAGGAAAUGUCCGUGUAAAGAAUUGUAGCUCCUCCUAUUUUGUAUGGUCAGAGCGUUUUGUGUGUCCA